GUAUACUGACAUUGGACGAUUCUGACGGCCAAUUUAUUUAGUUUUAAUUUAAUAUCAACCGCAAGAUAACCCCUCCACGGGUCACCCUCGGUAUUCUGAGAAGAUACAAAAUAAACCUCCAACAACAGUACGUAUAUUUCACAGAAAUGAGUAUUACAGCGUCCACGGGGCCGACGCUACGACCGCUGCCAGAGAAGUAUUCUCCUCCACCUCAAACAUCAAGAGAAUGGGCAUCGAGCCUAACAAACUAGACUAUUUGGUCCUAUCGAAGGGAAACUUUGAGAUACUCAUCAGGAAAUUACUAUUGGUACGGAGAUACAGAGUCGAGAUAUUUGUGUCGGAGGGAUCAGUGAAGUCCUGUGAUUGGUCGCUCAGGUACAAAGGUUCUCCUGGAUACCUGUCCCAAUUGGAGGAAAUUGUCGGGGACGGUUUAGGAUCCGCCAAUGAGCAAUCUACAUGUUUGAUGGCCGUCAAUGUCAAGAGUGACGCCAUCAGUAAGGGCCGCCUAGUGGGCAUAGCGUGCUUGUAUCAGAACGAUUACACUUUAUCAGUGUCGGAGUUCACUGAUGAUGUUGACUUCACCCAGCUAGAGUCGAUCGUCGUACAAGUGGCGCCCUCUGAGUGCGUUGCGGCGCCGGCUGAUAACGAUUAUAAAGCCUUAAAGAAGGUUAUGGACAGAGCGAGUGUGACGGUGACGAAGGUCAAGAAGUCGGAGUUCACGACGGAAGGUCUCAUCCAGGAUCUGAACAGACUUCUCAAGUUCAAAGAGGAUCAGCAAAAAGAUGCCAAUGGAUUCCAGGAAACCAAACUACUGGUGGCCAUGAGCGCUCUGGCAGCCGCCGUUAGAUAUACGUCGCUGUUAAACGAUGACACGAACUUUGGAAGGUUCCGUAUAUCGUCAGUGAAGGCCGACUACCUUCAGCUGGACUCCUCGGCCCUGUCGGCAUUGAAUGUGUUCCCUGAACUCGGUGAUGUGAACACUUCGCCAACCAGGAGUAUCUACGGACUACUCGACAGAUGUAGAACACAGCAUGGAAAACGACUUCUGUGCCAGUGGCUUCGUCAGCCUCUUAGAGACAUCAACCUGAUCAACGAGCGCCUGGAUAUUAUCCAGCUGUUGGUUUCCAGUUCACAGAUGAGGUUGCAGUUGCAUGAAGAUCAUCUUAGGCGGAUGCCGGACCUGCAAGCUUUGGCCCGGAGACUGGCUAGGAAGAAAGCUGGCUUACAGGACUGUUACAGAAUAUACCAGGCUAUCAACCGCAUUCCCGUCCUAUUGAAGUGUCUGUCUGAGUUCAACGACCCCACGAUACAUUCGGUGCUCUGUGAACCGAUAGCUGAACUUAACAACGACCUGGAAAAGUUCCAGCAGAUGAUUGAAACUACCAUCGACCUAGAAGCUGUUGACAGAGGUGAUUUUCUCGUGAAGCCAUCUUUCGAUGAAGAGUUACAGGUUCUAGCGAAUGAUCUGGAAAAAUUACAAAACUCAGCUGAGAAAGAAUUAAACAAAGCGGCCAGGGAUCUUGGCAUGGAAGCGGGGAAAACUAUUAAAUUAGAAAAUAAUCCACAGCACGGUUUUGUAUUUAGGGUUACUCUAAAAGAGGAACAAAAUCUCCGCAACAAGAAAUACACGAUAGUGGAUGCCAUUAAAGGUGGGGUCAGAUUCAGGAACAGUUGCUUAGGAGACAUCACAGAGAACUACCUCCAGGCGAAGGCUGCGUACGAGAAGGAGCAAGAUAAAGUAGUCGCCGAAAUCAUUAAUAUAGCUUCCACUUAUUCGGAGUGUCUGUAUUGCCUCUCCAAUAUAAUAUCUAAGUUGGAUGUAUUGGUGUCACUGUCUGUGGUGGCGAGUACCUCUUCAUCCAAGUACACUCGACCAGUUCUCACUACCAGUAUCCAUGAUCUGGUGCUGAAGGAUGUACGGCAUCCGUGCCUCGAACUACAGGAAGGCGUCUCGUAUAUACCCAAUGAUGUUGUUCUCGAACGAGAUUCGAGUCUGAUGCAUAUAGUGACGGGCGCCAAUAUGGGUGGGAAAUCCACGUGGAUGAGGUCGUGUGGGGUGGCUGUGAUCCUCGCUCACGUGGGGUCCUUCGUGCCAGCCGAAUACGCCAAAAUACCCAUCCUAAGGUCUCUAUGCGCUAGAAUCGGUGCCAGCGAUAGAGAGGAGAAAGGCCAGAGUACUUUCAUGCUAGAGAUGCUAGAGACGGCUGGGAUAUUGAGGAACGCUACAGCCGAUUCUCUGGUCCUGAUCGACGAACUCGGUCGUGGAACAUCUACGUACGAGGGUUGCGGCAUCGCUUGGGCUAUCGCUGAAAAACUUUCAAAGGAGAUCCAAUGCUUCUGUCUGUUCGCGACCCACUACCACGAGCUGACCCGGCUGGCGUCGUGUGGUUCUCGCGUCGUCAACUCGCAGGCGCUGGCGGAUGUCGUCGACGGCCGGCUCGUGUUGCUGCAUCGCGUGGUACAGGGGCCAGCCGCCAAGUCUCUGGGGCUGCACGUCGCUAAGAUCGCUGACUUACCGGAAGAUAUACUGCAGUUCGCAGAAGAGAAGCAGGCGGAGUUAGAAACGGAUCUUUGCGAGGUCGAAUCCGAAGUUAGAUCUGAAGAUACAUCCGAAGGGCAGGCGUUAAUCAAAGAGUUUCUCAUAAAAUGCAAGCAAAUACAGGAAGAAAACGAGUCGGAUGAAAAAAUGAUGGCUGAAAUAAAGAAGCUGAAACAAGAAAUGUUGCAGACGGAUAACAAAUACGUGAACGCGUUGCUCAGCCGCUGACACUACUGAGUCUGCUCUCAGUCGGCCGGCGGGUCUCAAGGAAACAACACUGUCGUAACAUUUAUUAUCUUUAUUAAUAACAUCAACAGUGAGAAAUAAUAGAUAAUGCAAUUGGAUGUGACUUAUAUGUUCUCUCAAUAAUUAUUCUGUGAUAAAGUUAAUUGUAAGGCUAAAACUAUUAAAAAAAAAACAAAAAUCAGUUCUGGCGAUACAUUUACUAUUUAGCAGUGUAAUGUACGUGAUAUGACUAAUUUCAUGAUUAUAGAAUGUCCACGUUAAGUCUGAAUUAGUAUUGCUAUUAAUUAAAUUACAGUGCGGACCGUCCGCGCGGACCCGGCCGCGGACCCCGGCCCGGGGAGGGUCCGCACACAUAUUACAAUUCUGAAUGAAAUCUUCCGAUAACCUUACUCCGCUUAUCAUUACGUCUACCUAAUGCAAUCGCUGUUAUUGUCAAAAUAAGAUAUUUACAGGAACCAUUGUUUAACAUCCGAGUCAUUUGUUCGUCUCCACACAAAAUGAUAGACUUGUGCCGA